AUGUCCCCAAUCGCCAUCUCCUCAGACACAAAGACACACAGCAUAGCCUGCAUACCUGCCGACGGCAUUGGUCCAGAAGUCAUCGAUGCCGGUAUUGAGGUGCUCAAGACUCUUUCCGAAGCCUCGGGAUCAUUCCACCUGAACUUCGAAAACUACGACUGGUCCUCGGAGACUUACAAGAAGACUGGCCAGUACAUCCCCGACGGCGGCCUCGAAUCCCUCAAGAAGCACGAUGCCAUCCUCUUCGGUGCUGUUGGAGCCCCAGAUGUGCCGGAUCAUAUCUCUCUAUGGGGACUGAGACUGGCUAUCUGCCAACCUUUCCAGCAAUACGCCAAUGUUCGUCCGACGAAGAUCUUCAAGGGUACCGAGUCGCCACUACGGAAAGCGAAGACUGGAGAUCUUGACUGGGUCAUCAUCCGUGAGAACAGCGAGGGCGAGUAUGCUGGUCAAGGUGGUCGCUCACAUCGUGGUCUGCCAUGGGAGACGAGUACUGAGGUGUCGAUCUUUACGAGACAUUGUGUCGAACGUCUGAUCCGCUUUGCAUUUGAGACGGCACAGAAGAGACCGAGGAAGCACCUCACGGUCGUGACGAAAAGUAAUGCACAGAGGAACGGAAUGGUCAUGUGGGAUGAGAUUGCGGCGGAGGUGGCGAAGGAUUUUGGGGAUGUUACAGUCGAGAAGAUGCUGGUUGAUGCGAUGACUUGUCGCAUGGUGUUGCAGCCGCAGAGCUUGGACACAAUCGUUGCUACGAACCUGCACGCAGACAUCCUGUCCGACCUGGCAGCGGCAUUAGCUGGCUCGAUCGGUAUUGCGCCGACAUCAAACUUGGAUCCGACGAGGCAGAAUCCGAGUAUGUUUGAGCCGAUACAUGGAUCUGCUUUUGACAUUACUGGCAAGGGUGUCGCGAACCCUGUUGCGACUUUCUGGACUGCGGCGGAGAUGCUGAAGUGGUUGGGUGAGGAAGAGGCGGCAGAGAGGCUGCUUGAAUGUGUGGAAAGUGUUUGUAGUAGAGGCAUCUUGACAAGAGAUCUUGGAGGCAGUACUGGAACGAAGGAAGUCACUGAGGCUGUGAAGGAUGAGAUCAGGAGUUCUUAUGGCAAGGCGAAGAAGAGUGUUUCGUAA